CUGCGGGCCGGCCUGGACCAGCUGCAGGAGGGGGUGCUCCACCUCUCCGCGAGCUGCGCGAGGCCGUCGGCGUCGGUCCGCGGCCCGCCCAGCAGUACCUUGGCGCCAGCGCGCACACCGCGGGGUGCGCGCUGUGCGCGAGGGGACAGGCCGGGCUCGACGCGCGGUCGCCGCUGGACGACACGCCCGCCCUGGUGAAGGAGCUGCUGCUCGGCCAGGGCGCACCGGCCCGCGGCCUGGCCCCCGACGAGCCCCCGCCGAGGAGAGAAGUACGUGCCGCCUCCGAGAAGAUGACGGAAUGA